AUGGCAAGAUUCAACUUGAAAACUUCUACACCCAAAGAACUCAAGGAGGUCCUCCAACGGCCCGCACAGAAAGCUAGCGAUAUCAUGGGGAUAGUCACUCCCAUCAUCGAGUCUGUCAAGCAGAGAGGAGACGUUGCAUUGAUUGAGUACGCUGAAAAGUUUGACAAGGCUGUUGGUCUGAAAUCAGCAGUGUUGAGCGCACCAUUCCCGCCUGAACUCAUGCAACUUCCUCAGGAGACAAUUGACGCUAUAGACCUCUCCUUUGAGAACAUCAGAAAGUUUCACGAAGGUCAGAAGGAAGCAGGCACUCUGGUUGUCGAAACUAUGCCAGGAGUCAGGUGUUCCCGUUUUGUCCGUCCUAUUGAGCGUGUGGGUCUUUACAUCCCAGGAGGCACAGCUGUGCUUCCUUCUACAGCAUUGAUGCUCGGUGUUCCGGCGCUGGUCGCAGGUUGCAAGAAGAUAAUUUUCACAUCACCGCCAAGAAAAGAUGGAAGUUUGACUCCGGAAAUCGUCUAUGUGGCCCACAAGGUUGGUGCAGAAGCUAUCGUCCUUGCAGGGGGUGCUCAGGCCGUGGCAGCGCUCGCGUACGGAACAGAAACAGUUCCCAAAGUCGACAAGAUCCUCGGCCCCGGUAACCAAUUUGUUACUGCUGGGAAGAUGUUUGUGAGCAACGACACGGGUGCAGGUGUCAGUAUUGACAUGCCUGCCGGACCAUCCGAGGUCCUUGUCGUUGCAGACGCAGAGGCCAACCCGGCAUUCGUCGCUUCAGAUCUACUCUCGCAAGCUGAGCACGGUGUUGAUUCCCAGGUUAUCCUGAUAACCGUCGGGUUAACCGAGGAACAGCUUGUCGCUAUCGAGGAAGAAUUGGAAAAGCAAGCUCUAGCACUCCCUAGGGUAGACAUUGUUCGCGGCUCAAUUAGCCACUCAGUCACUCUUCAAACAGAUAAUAUCGAGGAGGCGAUUGAACUUAGCAAUCAAUAUGCUCCUGAGCACCUGAUUCUCCAGAUCAAGGAUGCUGCAAAAGCAGUUGACUUGGUGCAACAUGCCGGAAGUGUGUUUAUCGGGCACUGGACUCCAGAGUCUGUUGGUGAUUAUAGCGCUGGUGUUAAUCACUCCUUACCAACAUACGGCUACGCAAGACAAUACAGUGGCGUCAACCUCUCAACCUACGUUAAGCACCUAACGAGCUCGGAAUUGACAGAGCAAGGUUUGAGAAACGUUGGCGGUGCGGUGAUGCAGUUGGCAAAGGUGGAAGAGUUGGAAGCUCAUAGAAGAGCUGUGGGUAUCAGACUGGAAUGGCUGGACAGUCGGAAAUAGUAUUUGUCCUUUUGUUGAUAUUCGCGUUUUUCCCUUUGGUUUGGUGGGUUAGGGGUUUCUUU